AUGCAGCGCGGACUACCCCACGUUGGCCGAGCUCUUUUUAGGGCGGGGCAUACCUCCAGAGCUUCCAAUUCCUCUUUCAUCUCCAGUCACAGCUCGCCCUCGCAAGCUUCGUUGCUCCGAUCUUCGCCCGCGCAACAACAGCACGUCAGAGCUUUCACCAAAAGUUCCUUCUUCACAAGCAAUUGGUACAAGAAAAUGACUGGCCAGGAGGAUCCCAAGACCACGCAGGAGGUGAAGAAGUACCUCCAGCAAAGCCAUGACCGCAUCUUCGAGAACAACAAGAAGUGGGCCGAGGAGAUGGCAGCGAAGAAGCCCGAGUUCUUCAAGGACCUGGCCGCUGGUCAGUCGCCGGACUAUCUGUGGAUUGGCUGCUCAGACUCACGCAUCCCCGCCGAAGCCCUGACCGGUGUCGACCCUGGCGAGAUGUUCAUCCACCGCAACAUUGCCAACCUCGUCAACAAUAUCGACUUGAACGUCAUGUCGGUCGUCAACUACGCCGUGCGCCAUCUUAAGGUCAAGCACGUCGUCGUGUGCGGUCACUACGGCUGUGGCGGUGUCAAGGCCGCCAUGACACCCCAGGACCUUGGUCUGCUGAACCCGUGGCUGCGCAACAUCCGCGACGUUUACCGUCUGCACCAGGAUGAGCUCGACGCUAUCAAGGACGCGGACGAGAAGUAUGACAGGCUGGUGGAGCUCAACGUCAUCGAGCAGUGCAGGAACGUCAUCAAGACCGCGGCGGUGCAACUCAGCUACGCGCAGAAUGAGUUCCCUAUCGUGCAUGGGUGGGUGUUCGGAUUCAAGGACGGGCUGCUGAAGGAUCUGAAGUUCGACCACGAGGGCGAGCUGAUUGAGAUCCAGAAGAUCUACAACCUGACCGAUCUCUCCUGA